AUGGUUUCAUCCAAAUAUUACUGGAGUGGAGGCAGAAAACCUACUGUUAACAAGAGGAGUUGAUGGCAGUUUUUUGGCACGGCCCAGCAAAAGUAACCCAGGAGACUUCACGCUCUCUGUUAGACGAACUGGAGCUGUCACCCACAUCAAGAUCCAGAACACAGGAGACUACUAUGACCUCUAUGGAGGAGAGAAGUUUGCUACGUUGGCUGAGUUAGUCCAGUAUUAUAUGGAACAUCAUGGGCAGCUCAAGGAAAAGAAUGGAGAUGUUAUAGAGUUGAAAUACCCGCUGAACUGUGCUGAUCCUACAUCUGAAAGGUGGUUUCAUGGGCAUCUCUCUGGAAGAGAAGCUGAAAAACUAUUAACAGAAAAAGGAAAACAUGGAAGCUUUCUUGUGCGUGAGAGUCAAAGCCACCCUGGGGACUUUGUUCUUUCUGUCCGGACAGGAGAUGAUAAAGGAGAGAGUAAUGAUGGGAAAUCUAAAGUGACACAUGUCAUGAUUCACUGCCAGGAUCUAAAAUACGACGUUGGUGGAGGGGAGAAGUUUGACUCUCUGACAGAUCUAGUGGAACAUUACAAGAAGAACCCUAUGGUAGAAACAUUGGGCACAGUGUUGCAGCUCAAGCAGCCUCUGAAUACGACCCGUAUUAAUGCUGCAGAGAUUGAAAGCAGAGUGCGAGAGCUAAGCAAGCUAGCAGAGACUACAGAUAAAGUCAAGCAGGGCUUCUGGGAAGAAUUUGAGACCUUACAGCAACAAGAAUGCAAACUUCUCUAUAGUCGAAAAGAAGGUCAGCGACAAGAAAACAAAAACAAAAAUAGAUACAAAAACAUUUUACCCUUUGACCAUACCAGAGUUGUUCUACAUGACGGUGAUCCAAAUGAGCCUGUUUCAGACUAUAUCAAUGCUAAUAUUAUUAUGCCUGAGUUUGAAACCAAGUGCAACAACUCAAAGCCAAAAAAAAGCUACAUUGCUACUCAAGGUUGCCUACAGAACACAGUGAAUGAUUUUUGGAGGAUGGUGUUCCAGGAGAAUUCUCGAGUUAUUGUUAUGACCACAAAAGAAGUGGAAAGAGGAAAGAGUAAGUGUGUCAAGUACUGGCCUGAUGAAUAUUCCCUAAAGGAGUACGGUGUUAUGCGUGUUAGGAAUGUUAAGGAGAGCGCAGCGCACGAUUACACACUAAGAGAACUUAAGCUUUCUAAAGUUGGACAAGGGAACACAGAGAGGACAGUGUGGCAGUAUCACUUCAGGACCUGGCCUGAUCAUGGAGUCCCAAGUGACCCCGGCGGUGUGCUAGACUUCCUAGAGGAGGUGCACCAUAAGCAGGAGAGCAUUUCUGAUGCAGGACCAGUUGUGGUUCACUGCAGUGCUGGGAUUGGGCGAACAGGAACUUUCAUUGUGAUUGAUAUUCUUAUUGACAUAAUCAGAGAAAAAGGUGUGGACUGUGAUAUCGAUGUUCCAAAGACCAUUCAGAUGGUGAGAUCGCAGCGGUCAGGAAUGGUUCAGACAGAAGCACAGUACAGAUUUAUUUACAUGGCAGUGCAGCACUACAUUGAAACGCUACAGCGCAGAAUUGAAGAGGAGCAGAAGAGUAAGAGGAAAGGUCACGAGUACACAAACAUUAAAUAUUCUUUAUCGGACCAGACGAGUGGGGAUCAGAGUCCUCUUCCACCCUGUACCCCAACCCCAACGUGUCCAGAAAUGAGAGAAGAUAGUGCUAGAGUAUAUGAAAACGUGGGGCUGAUGCAACAGCAGAAAAGUUUCAGAUGAGAAGAUGUAUAGAGACCUCCAUGCAGAGGCAGAAAUGAAUAUGGUUUUUAAAAAGGUCAAGAAAGAGGUGGAAGAAGCUUCACGUGAACGGUGAACUCUGAGGGCUUGGUACCUUUUUAUUUACGGUUUUAGUCCUUCAACAGUAGGCAAAACUUAAGACCAUCUGAAGAUUGUUUAUAUCUCUUCUCUCCAAUACCUGAUUUACAAUUGCUCGUUUUCCAAAUAAAAGGAAAUCAUUUCUACAAUGUAGACAACUACUUUGUAGAGUCAGUUUUGAAUCCUGCAAACUGUUGGACUGUCAUCCAUUUGUUUUUUAAAUAGUAUUUUUG